AAAUUGUAUGGAUUCUCAGAUUUCGUUGGUUUGUAAAAGCUCAGAGAAGUACGCGUCUGAAUCGACUGAGCCAUUGCUUUCGGCAGUGUUUCGUACUGAUGGACUACUCCCGUGUCAAAAGCACAGGUCGAAGCUGAGCGAACAAAGAAAUAUUAAUUACUGAGCUUCAGUAAUAGUGAUCGACGAAGACGUAAAGCAACAGCUUGUACAACAACGCUCAAGCAGUGUCAGACGAGUAACAAGUCAAUACAUAAUUAGUUCUGGGCUGUAGCGUUAAUUGUGAUAAGAGCCAGGCAUGGCUGCCACAGCGGGAGCAGCAGCCAAGCAGCAACGGCAGCGUUCCAUCGAGGAGGAGGCAGCGGACUUGGUCGAGAGGCAGCAUGGCCGUUGCGUCACCUGGUUGGAUAUCCAGAGCGCAAGCCACACCGUGUGGGCCAACGCGAACGUAUUUCACACACCACUGCUACGCGACGCUGGCUGUCGGCUAGGGGGCAACCUGGGAAUGAAGCGACUGGAUUUGAAGCUUGAGAACACACAAUAUACUGGCUCCUUCAAGAUCCGGGGCCUGGCCAAUCAGAUGAAGAACCUGCCCAAGGAUGUGCUGAGCGGAGACCGUCAGGUUGUGACCAUGUCCGGUGGCAACUACGGCCGAUCGUUCUCCUUUCUCCUCUGCAAGCAGAACAAACUGAGAGCGACUGUUGUCAUGCCGGAGUUUGCACCGCUUGACCGUGUUCAACUCAUUGAGGGUUACGGUGCGACAGUGGAACGCGUGCCUAACUCCGAGAUCCAAUCGACCGUUGACCGGCACAUAACCCAAGACGACAUGUUCUUCCUUCACCCGUUCGACGACAACCAUCUCAUUGCCGGUCAUGGCAGCUGCGGUCUGGAGAUACUGAACGACUGUCCGGACGUGGAUGUGGUCAUUGUGUGCUGCGGCGGUGGUGGUAUUCUCUCUGGUGUCGCUGCGGCCGUGAAGCAUGCAACGCUUGUUCCUGGCACGGCCAUGUUCGGAAGGGACAUUCAUGUCUAUGGUGUGGAGCCUGAAGGAGCACCCAAGAUGCACCAGAGCUUGCAAGAUGGCCGGCCGGCCACAUGCUGCAAUGCCAAGUCUAUAGCGACUGGUCUGUCACCACCCAUGGCAGGUGAUCUGACACUGGAACAUGUGCAGACAUUCGUGGAGGAAGUCGUACUCGUCACAGAUGAUGAAAUUGUGGCGGCAAUGAAAGCUCUGUACAGCUGUGGACAGGUGGUGGAGCCCUCUGGUGCAGCAUCUGUUGCCGCUUUACUGUCUGGCAGGAUACCCGACAUCCAGGGCAAGAAUGUCGUUGCAGUGGUCACUGGUGGCAACGUUAGUCCAGCUGAUUUAGCAAAGUUUGUAGGUUAGUAGGUGUUGCUUUCAUCUGAGGAAUGUGUGCUGGCUGCACAUCCAUUUUUUAUAUUAUUUUUCAUACAGUACUUUAUUGUUCCUUUCUAGCUUGUGUACGUUACUGGUGUGCUGGCAAGAUCCCCCCGCCUGUCUUCAGGAUCCUUCAUCCUUUAGUCCUUUAGUCGACCAAAACAUGUGCACGCAUAGCAGUAGUUAUGUGGUAGGGUUCGUUACGUUGUUGUACAAGUAGGCAUGUUGCACUGGCUGGGAUCUUGUACUGGAGUUGAACGUAUCCUAUAAUUAUGAUUGGGACAUUUUGCUGUAGUUGAUCCUUCAGACCCGAGAAAUGAAGGCAAACGAGUUACUUCUUGGGUGUUGCCUGCUGAGAAGAACUUCUUUUGAUAACGGUUAUACCUUGCAUGUACACACUUGCAGUUCUUUCUGAUGGCCAAUGCUAGUUCAUCCUGCACUUUAUGCUUUAGGAUUGGUUGAGUUACAUGGGCUCUAGUUUCCAAUUGAUUUUUUUCAAAAUAAAUUUUUGAUUUAUUUCCCAGA